AUGACGAGCUUGAAGUACAUGUCAGGAUUUGGAAAUGAACAUGUUUCUGAGGACCCGCGCUGUCCAGGAGCUCUACCAGAGGGACAGAACAACCCGCAGGUCUGCCCCUAUGGCCUCUACGCGGAGCAGCUCUCGGGCUCAACCUUCACCUGCCCCCGGGCCACCAACAGGAGGAGCUGGCUCUAUCGGAUCCUGCCCUCGGUCUGCCACAAGCCCUUCCAGCCUCUGCAUGAGGGCCACCUGACACACCGCUGGGAUGAGGUGGAGCCUGACCCCAACCAGCUGAGAUGGAAGCCCUUUGAGAUCCCGAAAGCCUCCCAGAACAAGAUGGACUUUGUGAGCGGACUGCACACAUUGUGCGGCGCCGGAGAGCCCCGAGGACGCCACGGCAUCGCCAUCCACAUCUUUGUCUGCAACACCUCCAUGCUUGACAGAUGCCUUUAUAACUCAGAUGGUGACUUCCUGAUCGUGCCCCAGCAAGGAAAGCUGCUCAUCACGACUGAGUUUGGGAAGAUGCUAGUGGAGCCCAAUGAAAUCUGUGUUAUACAGCAAGGAAUGCGUUUUAGUGUGGAGGUGUUUGGAGAGACCAGAGGCUACAUCCUGGAGGUGUACGGGGCACACUUUGAGCUACCUGACCUGGGACCCAUUGGAGCCAAUGGCCUGGCGAACCCACGCGACUUCUUGGUGCCAGUAGCAUGGUAUGAGGACCGAAAAAUUCCAGGGGGCUACACAGUGAUCAGCAAGUACCAAGGCAAGCUGUUUGCAGCCCAGCAGGAUUUCUCCCCCUUCAACGUUGUAGCCUGGCAUGGGAACUACACACCAUACAAAUACCAUCUGGAAAACUUUAUGGUCAUUAAUUCUGUUGCUUUUGACCAUGCGGAUCCAUCUAUUUUCACUGUCCUGACAGCCAAGUCGACCCGUCCUGGAGUGGCAAUCGCUGACUUUGUCAUAUUCCCCCCACGAUGGGGGGUAGCCAACAACACCUUCCGGCCGCCUUACUAUCACAGGAACUGCAUGAGUGAGUUCAUGGGUCUCAUCAAAGGCCAUUAUGAAGCAAAGGAGGAGGGCUUCCAGCCUGGAGGGGCCAGCUUGCACAGCAUGAUGACUCCACAUGGGCCGGAUGCUGACUGUUUUGAGAAGGCAAGCAAAGCCAAGUUGGAGCCUGAGAGAGUUGCAGAAGGGACUAUGGCCUUCAUGUUUGAAUCUUCCCUCAGUAUGGCUGUUACUGAGUGGGGCCUCAAGACAUCCAACCGCCUAGAUAAAAACUACUACAAGUGCUGGGAACCUCUGAAAAGCCACUUCAACCCUAACUGCAAGUAAAGAGAUGGAUUUGUUUCUUGCAAUGUGUGAACAAAGACAGGGAAAUCCAGCACACCUAUACGUGGCAGCACAGUCAACUCAGACAACAAGAGUGCAGAAUGGAAUUUCCAGCAGCCACCAAGUCAACAAAAUGACCAUGCUUAUGUAAUUCAGGAAAUGAAAAUAAAACCGUUAUUUUUAGCUUUCAAGUACCCAAUUAAAGCUACCCUGGUGCCACUCUGGAGCUGAAAUACUUGGUGUCUCUCAUCAUGUGCAGUUGGUAUGAAUGCUGCACCCGCUGUGGAUGCAAGGUGACAGCCACCAUUCCAGGAGCUCCUGACUAUACGCUGUGACGUGCCUUUCACAGGGAGAAGCUGGAGAUCAGUGAGGCAUUUCAUGCCACCUGCAAGGGAAGGCUUUUCCAAACAGAGCUGAAGGCUCUACCAGAUGUAAGCCUCCUACUAGAGCAGGGCAUCUCAGCCUGCUGGGCUGCGGAUGGUUGCCAAGAAGAGCCCUAAUGGUCAGAAAAGCAUUCUGCAGAUUAGAAAAGGUCAGAGAAUCCAAAGAGCUCCACUGCUAAUUGAGGGGAAGUUUCCUUUUCUAUCUUAUUUUAGCUAUCCAUCAAUUGUUUGUCAACAAUUGUUGAU